AUGGCUGCAGCACCCUCAUCUGUCCGCAUUUCCAUCAUCCUACUUCUCCUCCUACUCUCAGUCAUCUCCACGUCUUCUUCUUCUUAUUAUUAUUCAGUUCCGGCUAAUGGCAGCGACACGGACCUCGCCGCGCUGCUGGCUUUCAAAGCCCAGCUUGCCGACCCUCUCGGUGUAUUGGCAGGCAACUGGACUGCCGGCACAUCUUUCUGUCACUGGAUCGGUGUCUCGUGCAGCCGCCGGCGGCAGCGCAUCACUGCUCUAGCCUUCUCGGACACACCCCUCUUUGGAUCUUUGGUUCCUCACCUCGCUGAUAACAAGUUGGUAGGUGGAGUUCCAACAACAAUUUCAAACAUAAGUAGCAUAGAAUGGAUAGAUCUUUCUAAUAACCAAAUCAUCGAACCAAUUCCAGAAUCUAUCACUAUGUUACAAAAUCUUGUGUUGCUUGAUCUCUCUAGCAAUAACAUUUUGAGUGCUAUACCAAUAGAAAUGGGCAAGCUUGGGAGUCUACAACGGUUGUUUCUCGAAAGAAACAAAUUAUUUGGAGCUAUACCAAGUAGCUUCAGUAAUCUCAGUAGUUUAGAGAAAAUCGAUUUGUCCAAUAACCAGUUAUGUUCAAUGGUACCUGAAAGCCUAUUCAGCCUUGAUAAGCUUGUCGAACUCAACCUUUCUUUCAAUUCUUUUGUCGGUGCACUACCGCUGGAUGUUUCUCGACUAAUACAAACAUAUCAAAUGGACCUUUCUUCUAACUUCUUCCUAGGAAGCAUCCCACAGUCAAUUGGACAACUUAAGAUGCUAGCCUAUUUAAAUCUAUCACACAACUCAUUCGGAGGCCCAAUAGAAAACCCACUUCAAAAGCUAACUAACUUAGUAUCAUUGGACCUAUCCUUCAAUAACCUCUCUGGUACCAUUCCUAUGUUCCUUGCAAACUUUACCAACUUGACUACAUUGAAUCUUUCAUUCAAUAGACUAGAAGGACAAAUACCAGAGGGUGGUGUUUUCUCAAACCUCCUAUUGCAAUCUUUGACUGGGAAUGCUGGGCUAUGUGGCGCUCCACGCCUAGGAUUUUUGCCAUGUGUUGACGAAUCUCAUUCAACUAACAAACUAUCGCUAGAAUUUCUACUUCCCAUAGCCAUGGUUGUUUUUGGCUGUAUUGCUACCUGCUUAUACCUAUGGAUCAACAAAAAACACAAGAACAAGAGAGGGGUCAAAAUGUAUGUUGAUCCAACUGAUGGAAUAGGCCAUCAGAUCGUCUCGUACCGUGAGAUCACUCAGGCCACAAAUAAUUUCAACGAAGAUAACAUGUUGGGGUCCGGAAGUUUUGGAAAAGUAUUCAAGGGGCAAUUGAGUGGUUUGGUAGUCGCGAUAAAAGUUCUUGACAUGCAACUGGACCAGGCCAUGAGAAGCUUUGACGUUGAGUGUAGUGUGCUUCGCAUGGCACGACACCGCAAUCUAAUACGAAUACUCAACACGUGUUCCAACCUAGACUUUAGAGCACUUGUAUUUCAAUACAUGCCAAAUGGCAGUUUAGAGAUGCUAUUGCACCGGUCUCAGAGUACAGUGCACUUGGGUUUCCUCGAGAGGCUCAAUAUCAUGCUCGACGUGUCGAUGGCAAUAGAGUAUCUGCAUCAUCAGCAUUACGAAGUAAUUUUGCACUGUGACUUGAAGCCGAGCAACGUGUUGUUUGACGCGGACAUGACCGCACAUGUGUCAGACUUCGGCAUUGCAAGGUUGCUUCUAGGUGAUGACAACUCCAUAAUUUCUACAAGCAUGCCUGGAACAGUGGGCUACAUGGCACCAGAGUACGGAUCUCUUGGAAAAGCAUCACGGAAGAGCGAUGUGUUCAGCUACGGGAUCAUGCUCCUAGAAGUCUUCACUAGAAGAAGACCCACUGAUGCUAUGUUUGGAGCGACUCGCCUGACGAGAGAACAACGAUAA